ACCAUGAGUAUUUGAAAUCAAAUCCAACACUCAGUGAUCAUCCAAAACACAAUCAUCUAAAACCCCUAGCUACAACCAUCAAACCACCAUAAAAGCCCCGGCGGCCACAAUCAAGAAUUCCAUCCACCAAUCGCCGCCAGCCGCCGCACAUAUGGCGGAUUGUACCAAGAUUUUCUGGGCAGCUGACUAUUCUCAUUUUCUUGUAUAUACUCUUCUGUUCUUUGGAGUUUUCUACAUUCUGAUCUCAACUAACCCUACCCAGUCCAACAAUAGCCUCAUCUCCAUCUUUCCCACCCAAAACCCUCCUUCCCAUUCCUCACCAAUGACCAAUAACAGUCAAUAUAGAAUGGUGCUUUACAGAGAUAAGCUUGACGAGGCCUUAGCCGGGGCUUGCACGGAGGACAAGACGGUGAUAAUCGCCGUCGUAAAUAAAGCUUACGUGGAAGGCGAUAAGCCGAUGUUGGAUCUCUUCUUGGAUGGUUUCUGGCUAGGAGAAGGUACUAGGAAGUUGGUCAAACAUUUGCUGAUCGUGACCGUCGAUCAAACGUCGUACGAACGCUGCAUGUUUCUUGGACUGCAUUGCUACAAGCUGGAAACGGACGGCGUUGAUUUCGUCGGAGAGAAACUGUAUAUGUCCGCCGAUUUCAUAAAGAUGAUGUGGAGAAGGACUCAAUUCUUGGGCGAAGUUCUCAAGCUCGGUUACACCUUCAUCUUUACGGAUAGUGAUGUUCUAUGGCUAAGAGAUCCAUUCGCUAAAUUGAGGAGCACAAAUGAAACCCUAGACCUCCAAAUCAGUACAGACAUUUUCAACGGCGACGACCGGUCGGAAUCGAACCCGAUCAACACCGGGUUUUACAUGAUCCGGCCCAACAACCGAACCAUCUCCCUGUUCGAUUCCUGGUACGCCAUGAAAAACUCCUCGGACGGAAUGAAGGAACAAGACGUGUUGAACAAGUUGAUCCGCCAAGGCACGCUCACCCAGUUAGGGCUCAAAGUUCGGUUCUUGGAUACCCGAUUCUUCAGCGGGUUUUGUCAGGACACUAAGGAUGUUGAGUCGGUCGUGACGGUGCAUGCCAAUUGUUGCCGGACCAUAACCGCCAAGCUGGCGGACCUGACGGCCGUCAUUCACGACUGGCGGAGGUUUAAAAGCUUCUCCGGCGACGGCAACCGGACAGCCGCGUUUCAAUGGUCGCAGCAUGUUAACUGUGUGGAUUCAUGGAAGACACCUUAACUUUAAUUUGUGUAACAUUUGUACUAGCCACAUAUAUACAUAUAUAUUAAUAAUACAGUAAUAUAUACUCUGAGCUUGAUAGGUUUAUUAUUGUAUCAAUAUAUAUUAAAACGAUAUAUACGGUUCAAAUUAGUUGAAU